AUGAGCAGCUCUUCUCCGUCUUCAGACAAGAAGACGCUGGAGACGCUUGUUACCGUGGAAGAACAAGAAGAAUUCUUGGACGUAUUGAAACAGCUUCAGUUUGCGACGGCCUCUCAAGCACCAUCUUCUGAUCGAAAUGCUCUCGCGGCCCAAAAAGAUUUUAAAUUCUGGAAGACCCAGCCUGUCCCGGCGUUGGAUGAAUUUCCACGUCAACAUGGAGCUAUUGACCCACCAAAGAGCAUAAAUGAUGUACGACAGGAACCGUACAAUAUGCCACCCGGUUUUGUAUGGAGUGAACUUGAUCUUUCCAAUGCACAUGAGACAGAGGAAGUGUAUGAUCUAUUGACACAGAAUUACGUUGAAGAUGAUGACAAUAUGUUUCGAUUUGAUUACUCUAUUAAUUUUCUUCGGUGGGCACUCACACCUCCUGAUUUUCAUAAGGAUUGGCAUGUGGGUGUCCGUAAUCAGAAAACUAACAAGCUUAUGGCUUUUAUCUCUGGGAUUCCAGUCAAAACAAGAGUCUACAAAACGGUUAUGCCUAUGGCUGAGAUUAAUUUUCUAUGUGUACACAAGAAAUUGAGAACCAAACGACUUGCACCGGUGCUUAUCAAAGAAAUCACACGCAGAGUGAACCUUCGCAAUAUCUGGCAGGCCGUCUAUACUGCUGGUGUGGUGCUGCCAAUGCCUGUGGCGCAAUGUCGCUACUUUCAUCGGUCGUUGAACCCCAAGAAACUUAUUGAAGUAGGCUUUUCGAGACUUGCACCAAGGAUGACGAUGACACGCACAAUCAAGAUGUUCAAGUUGCCAGAGACCACUGCAGUGCCUGGAUUCCGACCCAUGCAAAAGAAGGAUGUUGCCCAAGUGACGGCGCUGCUGAAGACGUAUUUAGCCAAGUUUAAUCUUGUGCCAGACUACGACCAGAUUGACGUGGCCCACUGGAUGCUCCCACGCGAGGGUGUUAUCAAUGCGUACGUGGUGGAGAACUCUGAGACGCACAAGAUCACGGACUUUACAAGCUUUUACCAUUUGCCGUCUACUGUCAUUGGUCAUGACAAGCAUAGCAAACUGAACGCUGCCUACUCGUUCUACAAUGUGGCCACGUCGGUGCCACUUACGGAGCUUAUGAAUGACAUGCUGAUCAUGGCCAGGAAGGAGAACUUUGACGUCUUUAACGCGCUUAGCCUCAUGGACAACACGGAGUUCUUGAAGGAGCUCAAGUUUGGACCUGGCGAUGGCGACCUUAUGUACUACUUGUACAACUGGCGCUGUCCGCGCAUGGAGAGCAACAAGGUUGGUAUCGUGCUAUGCUAG